GUUGGUGCCGGUGAACCAGUGGGAGCGGAGGUCUGUGUCGAGGACGUGAGAGGCUUUUUGAGAUGGAGAUUCUCUCGACAUUGCCUUCGCUUUGUAGUUCAUUGGUUUCACUCUUGGUUCAAAUUCUAUCUCCACCUCUUGCAAAGGCCUACCUCUAUCGCCUGUAACCGAAAAAAUUACUCGAGAAGGAAGAAGAUGAAGAGGAGCGCUUGUUUCCGACGAAAAUGGCUAGCGUUCCUUUUAUUAUUUUGGGCUAACUAACGAUACUUUUCAAGUGGGCUUGGCCCAGUCCACUUGUCUCACACGAACAGAACCAUCCAUUUCCCUCUCUUCCAUAGCUUUGGCAGACACUGGUUUGAACUCUCUUAGCUCUCGCUUUAUUCUUUCCAUCAAACCAAUUCAAGCAAAGGUUAGGAUGGCUACCCUUCGAAAUCUGAAAAUCAAGACGAGUUCUUGCAAACGCAUUGUGAAGGAGUUGCAUUCCUAUGAGAAAGAGGUUGAGAGAGAAGCUGCUAAAACAGCAGAAAUGAAGGGAAAAGGAUCUGACCCUUAUGAUCUUAAGCAACAGGAAAAUGUGCUGGCUGAAUCAAGGAUGAUGAUUCCUGAUUGUCACAAGCGCCUUGAAGCUGCACUAGCUGGCCUAAAAGUGACUUUGGUAGAGUUGGAGGAAUCUGAUCGCAAGGAAGGACUAGAAAUUAAGGAUGCUCGAAGCACCAUCACAGAGUUUGCACAAUUAUUUCAAGCAACAGAUGCAUAGUGCGUGCCAAUAAUCUCAAUGUAAAGAGUUGGGCAUAGAUAUUUAUUUGUAUGAUUUGCUUUCACAGUCCCAAACAGUUGGUAUGGAUUGUUGCUGUGAUGGGUUUUGGUAAUUUGUUGUGUGCAAAUAUUAUCUCCUGCCUAAUAUGCUAGUUAAAGGUUAUUACAUGAAUUUUCUUUCUCCAA